CGGGGCCGCCGGUGACAGCGCGGCCAUGCUGCGCAACGGGGCGGCGGGCGGCGGCGGGGCCGCGGCGGGCGGCGGCAGCCACCGGCCCGUGCGCGUCUGGUGCGACGGAUGCUAUGACAUGGUGCACUAUGGCCACUCGAACCAGCUGCGCCAGGCACGGGCCAUGGGCGAUUACUUGAUCGUUGGGGUCCAUACAGAUGAGGAGAUUGCCAAGCACAAGGGCCCCCCCGUCUUUACGCAGGAGGAGAGGUACAAAAUGGUGCAAGCCAUCAAGUGGGUGGAUGAGAUUGCUCCCGGAGCUCCCUAUGUCACCACGCUGGAAACCCUGGACAAGUACAGCUGUGACUUCUGUGUGCACGGGGAUGACAUCACCUUAACUAUUGAUGGCAAGGACACCUAUGAGGAAGUGAAGACGGCAGGGCGAUACAGGGAAUGCAAACGCACCCAAGGUGUGUCCACCACCGACCUCGUUGGCCGCAUGCUGCUCAUGACUAAAGCUCACCACAGCAACAUAGGGCCCAAAGGUCACAGUCCUUGGACUGGCGUCUCACAGUUCCUGCAGACGUCCCAGAAGAUCAUCCAGUUUGCGUCGGGGAAGGAGCCACAGCCAGGAGACACCAUCAUCUACGUGGCUGGAGCCUUCGACCUGUUCCAUGUUGGGCAUGUAGAUUUCCUGGAGAAGGUUCACCAGCUGGCAGAGAAACCCUACAUCAUUGCUGGGCUGCACUUCGAUCAGGAGGUGAAUCGCUACAAAGGGAAGAACUAUCCCAUCAUGAACAUCCACGAGCGAACCCUCAGUGUCCUGGCCUGCAGGUACGUCUCGGAAGUGGUGAUUGGAGCUCCCUACGCUGUCACUGCUGAUCUGCUGGAUCACUUCAGGGUAACACUUGUGUGUCAUGGGAUGACUGAGGUGGUGCCAGACAAGGACGGUUCUGAUCCGUACGAGGAACCGAAGCGACGUGGCAUUUUCCAGCUGGUGGAUAGUGGCAGCAAUCUCACCACAGAUCUAAUUGUGCAAAGAAUCAUAAAGAACAGGCUGGAGUUUGAAGCUCGGAACCAGAAGAAGGAAGCGAAAGAGCUGGCUGUACUGGAGGCCAUGAGGAGGCUGGAGGAGGAGAAGCACUAGGCUGCAGAGGGUGGAUGUGUGGGCCACAGAGUGCUGCAGCCUCACCCUCUGCGGGAGCAACAGCUCUUCAGGAAGGGACCCCUGAGGGGGAGCAGCGCUGCCAGCACACAGGAUGUGCUGUCCUACCCUCUACUGUCCUAGCUCCUCCUGCACUAACUGUGCAGACGAGUUGGGAUCCCGCUGCCUAGUUCUAUCUCUCUUAAUCAGCCCCCAUUCCCUUUCCCAGGAGAAGAUUUGACAAAAAAAAAAAAUGGUUUUAAUUAUAACUAAUGUUUUAACAUGUUGAUGUGCUUUUACCUUCUGCCAUUUCUGGCUCUUAGUAGGAGGGAAGUGGAGCAGUUGCCCAGGCCCCCUGCCCUGCCAGACUUGGCUGUCCUGACUGGGGUCUGCAUUCCAAAGCAGCCCCUUGGGCAGGGGUGGGGGCAGCCUGACAGACAGUGAGAGUGGCCUCUGGUUGGGGGGAUGUGGCCCCCACAGUCCCUCCUGCAGCUUUUACUUAGAGCCAUGGGGCCGUCAGUGCUGGCUGCUGGAGGUGUUUCUGGACUCUGGGGUCCACUGUGCUGCCUCUCCUCAGCUCCUGCCCCUGUGCAGACCCAGAGUUGCUCCAGGUUGAGCUGGGUAAAGGCAGAUCAUUUGCUGCUUCAGUGACGGGCAGGGGGUGGUAGCUGCUGAGGGGGCAGGUGGUGCAAGGACCCUCCAUUGAGGCAUUUCUCCAUGUGAAAGCAGGGAACCCUGGGAGCUUCUCCCAAAGGCUCUUCCAUUUGCGAGGCAGCAGGACCUGGUGCCUUGUGUGGACUGUGCUCAGAGCCCCCCUUGUUGCUGCUGCCAGAGUCCACCUUGUGCCUGAGGGGUUACAUGAAGGUGGGACCUGGCCAGGUGAAGUUUCGGGGUGGUUUUCUGAGGGCUGAUGUGCAGCAUGUGUGCCCCGGUGGUGAGAUGCAGGGCCUGAGGGGGAUAGAUGCUGGGCUGAGCCUCUUCUGCCUCUUACAUUCCAGGGUGCUGUGGUGGGUGUCCUGAGCUGCUCCCUGCACUGGGCCAGACAGUCCUGCCAGGCUGGGUCUGGGUGUCCUCACUGUUGUAAACUUUUGUUGCUGAUCAUUAAUAAAAUGUUGAAGAGUU